AUGGAUUGGGGAAACGUCACCGCUGAGGAUCUCGUCGACGCUCUCCGCGAGGUCGAUUGGUCGUCGCCGCCGCGCCCGCUGUCGGAAUUCUUCUCGCGAUUCACUGUUCCCAGAUCUUCCACCAAAUGGAACAGCCGCCUCAAAUGCAAUCUCUACUACUACCGGACCAACUAUUUCCUUUUGAUUGUGUCUGUUCUCAUAUUGGGUUUUCUUCGGAGGCCGCUUGCUAUUGUAGCCGCAUUUCUCACUGCACUCAGCAUUGCUUUUUUGAAUGACAGCUUUGCAGGUACCUUUAGUGAGAAGGUAACAAGAACAGUUAGGCAAUUUUCACCACAUUUAGCUGCCAAAAUGAGACCUCCUCUCACGCCUGUUAUUCGUGGACGUCCUUCAGCCAAGAGAGCAAUUUAUAUAUGUGGGCGGCCGCGUUGGGUGUUUGUCCUGAUAUUUUCUUCUGCAAGUUUCAUCCUUUGGUUUGUUUCUGCUGGUCUCUUGACGGUUUUAUGGGCUCUUGCUAUUGGUCUUCUUGCUACCAUCCUGCAUGCAAGCUUUAGAACACCGAACUUGAAAGCUCGUCUAAACACGUUCCGUGAAGAGUUCCGUGCAGUAUGGCGCAAUUAUAGUGAACUACCUGUAAGCAAUGCUUAUGCUAGUGAGAUUCAGAGCAAUAAUAGCAGCAUAAAUACAAAAGGACUGAAAGAGAUUAGGGGAAUAAUUCCCAUGAGCCAUUAUGGCAAUGGUUAUGCAACCAGAGCGGUGCUGCCAAUUGAGAUAGUUUUGUGGAGUGAGAAAAUAUCAGAAAGACUGGACUUGGUGGUGUUGCUGCUUUAUUUUCUUGUAUAUUCUCUGGAAUCGUUCCUGUGGCUAAAGCCAUCAACUUCCCGUGUUACUUCUUACUCCGUAAAUACUGUUGUGGAAAACGUGGAUGAAGAAAAAAAUUUGAUGGAGAAUUACUUGAGCUGGGCACAGGCUUUGGCUUCCGCAUGGGGAUUCAUGUUGGUGGUGGCUCUCAUGUGUUGCUGCCUCAGCACCAAACCAAGACAAGAUAGUGAUGUUAUCUCUGGAAAUGGUGGUUGCACUUGUGAUGGUGGUGGUCAUGCUUGUGUUUGA